AUGAACCGCAUCAAGAACGGCAUCUCCCACCUCCAUCACACUUUGGGGCGGCCAAAGAAAGGGUCCGGCCCCGGAAACUGCGGCAGAGUCAGCAGCGCUGGUCGCUCCGCCAUCUGGUGGUGCAACGAUGAGAGUGGACGAAGCAUGAAGGAACUCGUAUCAUUCGGCUCCAUCGCCGGCGGCACUCAAGACCUCGUGGAUGGGCGUCAGAUCGACAGCGGCCUCUCGGCUCAGAUGGCCGGGCAGGUGUUUUACAAGACGAACUGGAACGAUAUUGUGCGCUGGGACGGCGGAAACUGCGGCACGUUGCUGUCCCGUGACUUAGGUGGUAAUGGUGGAAACUGGAGACCAGCGGCCUUCUGGAUGCAUACCUGGACGGGACGGCCUAGGGUGGGCUUCCUGAGUGGGCGAUGGACGGCGAUGAAGCCCUGUGCGGGCCGUUUCUUUGUCUCUUCUUAG